AUGUUUACCAAGUGGGGUCUUCCAGAAUCUAUCACCACGGACAAUGGACCACAGUUCACGUCUGAACAGUUCGAAGAAUUCCUAGCCGUUAAUGGAAUUCAACAUCGCCUCACAACUCGCUACAACCCUCAAAGCAAUGGCGGCGUAGAGCGUUUCAACCGGGUAAUCAAGGAGAGCUUGAAAGCGAAUCUCGCAGAUGGAAUGACCUUCGAUAAGGCCAUCCAGACCCUACUACGCACGUAUCGCUCAACACCUCAUUCGCUAACCGGAAAGACUCCAGCAGAGUUGAUGUUGGGACGGAACCUCCGUAUGCCAUUCAACAUCCUGAAACCACCGGUUUCAGAGCCUGCAAGCACACAGGCUGAAGCGAGAGAGAUUGAGAGGAAACAGCAAAGCAUGAAAGCGUACACUGACAAACGCAGACGAGCAAUCACACCGAAAUUCGCUAUCGGUGACUGGGUUCGUGUAAAGCGUCCAAAUCGCAAGCACAAGCUAGCUUCGGGGGUAUCGAAACCCAAACAGAUCGUGAAGAAGCUCGGCUCGAAUGCAUUUGUACUAGAUGACGGAACGCGAUGGAACACCAGACGCCUUAUCGCGAGCAAGCCAGGCAACAUGAAUGAAAGCGAUUGGGAAGACACCUUUCCAUUCCCUACAAGCACUGAAGAUCAAGAGCAACAGCGAGCAGAACCGCGAACUGUUCGUCGUUCUCAGCGUCUAAGGAGACGACCUGGAUAUCUACGAGAUUACAGAUCUUAA